AUAUCGUCCGAGUAGCUUGUCGCGCGUCGACGCUCCGUUUCCGUGCGCCUCUCACACACCGGCCGCUUCUUCCGCCGAACUCCGUUUCCGUGCUCCUCUGUGAUGCGCGAUUAUCGCGGUAAUCGGAUCCGUCGUUCGUAAACACAGUCAACGAUGAUCAUUUCGACGCUCUAAAAUCCCGGGGGGAAAACACAUGCCCGAUUUUUCGAAAUCCACCGUCCUGACGACGAACACGCCGCCGGGUCACAGCAACGAUCCGCGCUUCAGAGACUCUCCACGUGGCCGACUGACUGACUCGUGAUCGCCGUGAUCGGCAUUCAAUUUAAUACCGAAUUGAUCGCGUUCGGGAUGCUACAACGCGACGUGCUGACUAUUAUCGCGAUGGUGACGACAAGUCUCGUCGUCGUUGUCACCAGCGGUGCGCCCACGAAUUCAGACGCAGAGGAUUACGAGAUGCUCGCCGACAAAGACGCGCAAUCUACCGACAAAGAUUCCUCCAAUGCAGGAGAAGUAAGAUGCUAUUGCAAUCAACCAGAAUGCGUACCUCAGGGAUACAUGUGCCGCGGUAGGGGUUGCUUUACAAAAUUACCAUCGAACGCAAACCCGUCACUUCCAAGAGCGGAGCAUACUGCUCACAGCGGUUGCCUCGAUGAAAAUUUGAAAAAUCGUCAGUGCCCCACAGGAUUUCUCUGCUGCGAUCAAGAUCUCUGCAAUCAUGUGGACAUCCCCGCGAUGAGAAAUAGACUCAACAAGACUCUACGAGUAUUGAUCGAUGAUCAACGACCGUACUUGGCUCCAUUACAUCCAAACAGUCGCGGAAAUCAGGCGAUUGACGGAUGGUUCCCGACCGCGACGAUCAUCGUGGCUAUCUGUGGAUUCCUCGUUCUGCUAAUGAUCGCCAGCCUAGCAGUCAGAUGGCUCCAGCCUAUGCCGGCGCAAAACGUGAAUAAAUUCGUGCCUCAUCGAACAUCUAAUAACGGGCCACCCUUACUUGGAUCACCAAAAGUGCCUCUGGUUUAAGAAAUUUCAUGACAAAGUUUCCUAAUAAGAGGGGUGUUCGAAGUAAUAGUUUAAUUAAUAUAGCUGUGGCUGUGCUAGUUUUGAUAUAUGACUCGCAAAACCGAAGUUGUACCAUACACAUACAAUUGCAUAGCGAAAUAUAUAUCGAGUAUGUUAACUGCGAAUGAUUAAGUACAUAGACCGGAUAAAAUUUCUUAUUCGAAUUUAACUUCGUCUCAACUUCGUUGAUUUCUUACAAUAUGCACACGUGAAAUAUAGCUUGUACGCAAGUUUGCGAGAUUCUACAGAGUCAUAUACCAAAUCCAGCCAUAAACGGCUGUUUAGAAAGCUAGCGGGCCGUCGAAGGCUCCACUUGGCUGUGAAUUCUACGAAGAAAGCAACUACUGUAAAUUAUAUCUCAUAAUGAUAAUGUAUUACUCGUUGCAUUUCCUCGAACCGUCGACACGACACGCAUGUCGAUAUCGCGAGAUCAAAGAGUGAGAAUGGGAUCAAGAUUUUUCGAUCCUUUAAACAUGACGUUAC